GCGUACGUCAGUUCCAUCCUUUGUUGGAUACGCCACUGUAUUUAUUUGUAUAGGUCCUAUAUAACGUGGGCUUUUAUGGAAUUAUUACCUAGUUCGUGACUGGCUAUCAUCCAAAAGAUAAUAAGCUCAAGGACAUUCAACUGGGCUAUACUUAUGCCUGCAAUAUUCUUUAAUCAGCGUUUCUGCAACAGUGCGAUACUAUGUCAAACUAGAAGGAGAUACUAGGGAUAUAGGAGGUGGUGGAUUGCUAAUUAAGUCGUACUUGUGUUGGAUCGUGCGAUCAUAAGAAACGAAAAUGGAGAAUGUUUCCAGAGUCGUUGGACCCGAAGAAAUGUCCUUUUCUGCUGCGGACUACGGGGUUUUAGGUGUCAUGCUCACCUUGUCUCUCGGCAUCGGUUUCUACCAGGCUUGCAGCGGCGGGAAGCAGAGGACGGCUGAGGAGUUCUUGAUGGCCAAUCGUAGCAUGCACCCGGUCCCCGUGGCCCUGUCGCUGGUGGCCAGCUUUAUCUCAGCCAUAACUUUCCUGGGCACCCCUUCUGAAAACUAUGUCCACGGUAUCAUGCAUAGCUGGAACUGGUUGGCCAGUAUAUUCUCAUCUCUCGCCACGGUGGUCUUAUUCAUGCCGACAUUUUACGAGCUGGGUCUUACAAGUUCAAAUGAGUACCUGGAGCGACGGUUUAGCAGAGGUGUUCGCUUUCUUGGUACCUUCAUGUUUACGUUCUAUAUGAUGGAGUACUGACGUCACAAUACGUCACACCAUUUGGGGACUCGUGAUUGGUGGAGGUUUCAACUGGACGAGUGUAUUUGGAGUGAACCAGGCCCAGGUUCAGAGAUACCUCACGUGUGGCUCACUCCAGAAGGCAAGAAUAGCCAUCUUCAUUGCGACGAUUGGUAUGAUAGUGGUACAAGUGUUACCCCAUAUAGUGGGCGUGGUCAUGUAUGCUAAUUACGCUGGAUGUGAUCCCAAGCUUCAUGGUGCUGUAGCAAGCCACGAUCAGAUGAUGCCUUAUUUUAUCAUGGAUCUUUUCGGUUCGAUGCCUGGACUUCCUGGUUUGCUUACAUCAGCAGUAUUCAGUGCAGCUUUAAGCACUAUCUCUUCAGGUUUGAAUGCCUUAGCUGCUGUAGCCGGUGAAGAUGUCGUCAAAACUAUCUGGCCAAACAUCGAGGAUAGUCGCUACACAUGGAUCACAAAAGGACUCGCAAUGGCUUUUGGUGUUAUCAGUAUGUUCUCUGCGAUAGUCGCUUCGCAGAUGGGUGCUAUUUUACAGUUUUCGAUGAACAUCUUCGGCAUAUUUGGAGGUCCUGUUCUAGGUCUGUUCUCAAGUGGUAUGUUCUUUCCAUGGGUCACUUCAAAGGGUGUCACCGUGGGAACCCUCCUCGGUCUAUCUUAUUCCUUAUGGCUCGGCAUUGGGGUACAGCUCUACCCUAACCCACCCGAUGACCCACCCCUCACAACCGACCAAUGCCCGAUGUCGAACAUAACGACGGAUUCCAUGAUGAACGCGACGUACUUAUCAGCGACGGACUCCAUGAUGACAUCUAUCUUCGAUGAGUUCACGACGACUGUUCCAAAAGAAUCUGCUUUGAUGAAUUUCUACAAGCUUUCUUACACGUGGUAUGGAGUGAGCUCAUGGAUGAUUACGGUUUUCGUUGCUAACAUCGUUAGCUUUUUAACUGGUCCACAGGAUCCGAAGCAACUAGACCCCCGUUUAAUAUGUCCAGUCGUCGAUAAGAUGUACUGCUAUCUACCAGAGAAAUGGAAGAUACCACUUCGGUGUGGGGUAGGGGAGGAGUACAAAGAGGAUGAUGAGGAGUAUGAGUACCAGGCCAUGGAAACAAAAAACAAUGUGAUGCAUGUACAACCGGACAAAGAGACUGAAUGCAAUGGCGAAGACGCCGAGCUUUGAGAUACUCGACUUAAUGGUCGGAGGACAUCCAAAUAUAAGUUCAUUCCUAUUGAUGUGCAGGGCUGCAUACAACUCAUAUUUUGUUAU